CUCAGCCUUCUGUUCUGGCAUUGGAACUAGCUCCCCUGCCCUGCCCUUUCCACCUCCCCUACCUCGCUCCUCUCCCAUCGUCUCGAAGAGUCAGCAUCCUGGGAACCCUGAGGAAGCUGCUUAAACUUAAUCCCCCUCCCGAGUACAUUACAUACUCUGUACAUACUCUACCCAGUUACCUGCUUGCUACCUGCUCCGACAUCCAUCCAUCGAAAGCUGCAACCGCCCUUCCAAGAUCCUUCCACAUACAUACCCUUUCCAGUCCUCGACAUAUACUUGCUCCCUCCUGCGACAACGACAGUUCCCAAAUUCUAGCAAUUGAUCGCCCAACUCCCCGUCUCAACGCACAGCGGAUACCACUGUACCGGGAAAGCCAAUCAUCACCAAGUACCAUCUUGCUACAUUACACUCGUUUAUCCUGGCCAACGACUGUAGCCUUUUCCCAAUCCGUAUCUUGCUAUUCUCUUUCGACCUUCUGCAGAAGAUCCAGCUCGAUUCAGCGCCCGCUUUUGCAACCUUAGCAUUCGACUCCUUCGCACACGCUAUACAUAGGACGCUCCGUGUGUAUGCACCCUGCCCCGCUGUGUGAGGUAAGGUUGGACGCGGGUUUGAACAGCCAGUCUCCUGUUAGAUAUUAGUUCUUCUUUCCGCCGUUGCUUUACUGGCUCCCUCUCAAAAAAACAAUCGCCGUCUUGCCAAUCAACUCUUCUGCGCCAGCUACAGUAUCCUUCACGCUCCCCCAUUCUCCCGCUCUUUCGAACGACGCCCCCUCACAAGGUCAACUCCAGCUCUGCUCCCCGCAUUGUCUGACCUGCCCUGUCAGCAAGCACCACUGCAUAUCCUAACUGAGGACGGGUACACAAGGAGCACCCGCAGCCACCAACUCGACAUCCAGUGCUCUUUUGGCCAACCUGAAAGUUCCAAGUUGCCUUCAGACGAGAAGAUCCUCUUAAAGCAUACUCAGGACCAUCAGCCUUACGAAUCUGUUGGUCGCCUCGCUAGUCCUUGUCUCGAUUUUACGUUCGUCCGUAUCAUUUCUUCUGAUCUUCAAAGCUUGCUGCAGAUCCCUCGGGCCUUUCCGAAAAGAGCCUCUAACAAGCUCUUCGCUUCAAUCAGCGUCUCAAACUUGGAAUCUCUGGGCACCUCCUUUCUGCUGGUUCAGGUCCUUUUUUUAGCUUAGCUUCGACUUCUUCGAGGCCGUACACGCCAUCUGAUCGCCUUACAAAUCCAAGCAUAGAGCCAACCGAGUCUAUCUUCAAACGAUUUACAGGAGAUCCAAGACCCCUCCAAAGUCCUCUUUCUGACACUGCUUUUGAUUGUCAUGCAAUAUCAAUAAGCUAUCUGAUAGACAUACUCCAUACCUCAUGCAAACCAUUAAUCCACGCCUCGGCCGGUCAUUAUCUGGUUACUCUAGCCCAUAUCGAUCUUAUAAUCCGGCCGGGAUCCAACACGCGCAUAUCAAGGGAACCCUUCCAUCACCAUCCCCAACUCCGCCAUCUAUAACAGCAAGACCAGUGUUGACCACUGCCAACCCUAUGAACGCCGUACAAUCCACCCACCAGUUCGCGGAUGCAGCGACCGCUAGAAUACAAGGUCUGCGAAGGUUCGUUGAAAUAUACAAAAUUUUCUUUCCCCGGCUCUGCUAAGACUCUGCAUUAGUGAACAUUGCCAGCUGGUCAUCAGGCAAAAGCCAGAAAUUGCGAAAGUGGCCGUUGGCAAGGAAAAGGGUAAUAAGCUUUUCUUUCACCAAUCAAAAAGAGACGUUGAACUAAGAAUAAUAGACCGCAAGCCUGUCGACCCUCCUCCAAUUAUACAACUGAAGAUUUCUUCCCAAUCAGAUCCUGCUCAAAAUUACCUUCAAAGUAUGACACUUCCAUUGCUUAGUCCCAAAAAAAGAAUCUUACUGACCACUUCCACUUAAAGGCCCAUACUUUUUUAUGUCAUGUAGUCUCGUUGGCGCGCCGGAAAAAGGAGUGCCAUCCGGACCUUUAGGAACUGCCUUAGCAGGAACUCUAGUGUCUUCACUUCACCGAUUAAAAGACCAAAGCAACAAUGAUGGUGCAUUCUUUGUUUUUGGGGAUCUUUCAAUAAAAAUUGAGGGUACUUUCCGGCUUCAAUUCAAUUUAUACGAGAUGCGCGAUAAGGAGUGCUUUCAUAUACAAUCAACUCAAUCGGAGCCUUUCAUUGUUCAUCCACAGAAAACGUUCCCUGGAAUGGCUGAAUCUACAUUUCUUACAAGAUCUUUUAGUGACCAGGGAGUUCGACUCAGGCUGAGAAAAGAGCCGCGGACGUUGGUCAAGAAACGAGGGCAAGGCUCUGAUGAAUACGAAUCACGGUAUCGCGCGUCGCAGCAAACCAACCGCCAACCAAGCUAUACAAUGGAACGAACAGGACCGGAGAUUCAGGAUCCGGCACGGCAAACCCAACCCGAACAUGCAGAGCAGAUGCAACUUCCGAUACAUCAAGGGCAUCCGUAUGAACAGCAUCGUGUACCGCUAGGCCGCGGCUAUUCUCACCACUCUCAGCCAUCCUCAAUAUCUAUGGGCUCUUACAGCGACGAAGCACCGAACAAGCGCCCUCGGACCGGCUCAGAGCACAGUUCCAAUUACAGCCAGCAAUUCAGUCCCCAGGAGCCGUUCGCUCCAUCGAGGAUAUAUGAGCAGCCAAACUAUGGGAACACUUUCCCUCAACAACAGCAGGUGGGCGGAUACGCGUACACAUUUCAAUCUCCAGUAUCUUCAAGUAUGUCCUCUCGUGAUCUAUACUUCUCACAGCGGCUCAACACUCAGGCAGGCAACUCCCCCUCCUUCGAGACCAAUAGUCAGAGAUCACCGAACUCUGCAAACUUCCCUCCACAGCAACCGCAAGCAAUUCGCUACCAACAACCACCGCUACUAUCGAUAUCGCCUACCCAAAGAGGGAACCAGAACUCUUCAUUCGAUCAGUAUGCAAUUAGCCCGAGAGCUCAAGUAGCUGCUGGUUUGCAACCAAUUAGUAUGGCCCCGCCUACAUAUUCAAGGAUGAACACGAGCCCUACAGCGUACGGUCCUAUAUCCCCAUUAACUUCGGUUGGAAGAAGAGAUUAUGGCUCAGGAUCAUAUUCAAACCCGAUGAUGCCGGGAUCGACGCUCGAUUCAAAUCUGAUGACAAGUACAAGUCAUAUAGCUGCCACGAGUGCGCCUGUACAAGGGCAACUGCACAUACAGACAACCAGGGGCCUGGAAUCACCCCAUUAUUAA